AUUUCUCCUAUAAAUACGUUAUCACAAACCCUAAGAUAACCCACAGAACAAAACAAAUACUUCAUUUGCUUACAGAAAACCUUAGGUUAACCAUGGAAGAGGCUAUCAUGAGACUUGAAGGUGCUGAGCACAGAGAAACAAACAACCACUCUCUUAAGAGAAAGCCAUCAAGAACUUCUUCCACCGCUCCUGGCUCUCCCGGAGGUGUAACCAUCGCAAAAGCUGCCCCCGGCGGCGGCGCUUCCGGUGGCACAUCCAUAAGGUACCGAGGCGUGAGGCGUAGACCAUGGGGUCGUUACGCUGCUGAAAUACGCGAUCCGAUGUCGAAGGAGAGACGAUGGCUCGGAACAUUUGACACAGCCGAGGAGGCAGCUUGCGCAUAUGACUGUGCCGCUCGAGCCAUGCGUGGUCUUAAAGCUCGAACCAACUUUGUCUACCCAAUUCCUUCACUUGACUCUUUUCACCACCGUCUUUUCUCGCCUCCUCCGAUGAACAUGUUCCUUCUACGCGACGUUUUAAACUCUCAGCCUCUUUCCCCUUUCGCUUACCCACACUGUAAUAUCUCUAACGUAAGCGGCUUCGUUAACGAGCCUUUCACUAACGUUAACGAUGUCUCCGAAGAUCGCUCGCCUAAAGCGAAGAGGUCAAGUACCAUUGACAACGACAACAUGGUAUCAAUCCUCCAACCAGAACCAACUGGGUCUGGUCUUCUUCAAGAAGUUGUUCAAGGGUUCUUGCCAAAACCUAUCUCUCAACAAACUUCAACACCUCCAAAGACCAACCAACCGAUAGUGCUAGAGAACGGUUUUCAGACAGAUCUUGGUUUACCGGAUCACGUCAAUGUGGAAGGAAACGGAUUCAAUCAGGUGAAGUAUCAUGGAGAGUUGGGUUGGACCGAUCAUGUGAGUGGGUUUGAUUCAGCUAAGAUGUAUCAAAAUGGAAAUGCGGGGAUGUUUUAUCAGUAUUGCUUUCAUGACUAUUAAACCAUUAUUGCUGCCCUUCUUACGUUUCUUUAGGUUUAUGAGAAAUUGGGUUAGUGGUAACUAGCUCAAAAGUCUUGUGUUCCUUGUUUCUUUUCUUGUGUUCUAUGUUUCUAUCUAGUUGUAUGUUCAGUUUAUCUCCCAGGAUAGAUUGACAAU